CGGGAUUACUCACCUCAGAGGUUCAAAUUUAAAGAUUUGUACAAGGCCACUAAAGGGUUUAGAGAUAAGGAGAUGCUGGGUAGAGGAGGAUUUGGAAAAGUAUACAAAGGUGUGAUGCCUAGGUCUAAAUCUGAGAUUGCUGUUAAGAGGGUGUCUCAUGAAUCAAGACAGGGGAUGAAAGAAUUUGUGGCAGAAAUUGCAAGCAUGGGUCGACUACGCCAUCGGAAUUUGGUGCCUCUAUUGGGAUACUGUCGGCGUAAAAGUGAACUUCUGUUAGUCUAUGAAUACAUGCCGAAUGGAAGCCUAGACAAGUUUAUCCAUGACCAGCCUAAGUUUACUCUCAGUUGGGACCAAAGAUUUCGAGUCAUCAAAAGUGUAGCAUCUGGAUUACUUUACCUACACGAAGAAUGGGAGCAAGUCGUGAUCCACCGAGAUAUAAAGGCGAGUAACGUUUUAUUAGACGGGGAAAUGAAUGGAAGAUUAGGUGAUUUUGGGCUUGCAAGAUUGUAUGAUCGUGGGGCAGACCAUCAGACGACUCAUGUGGUUGGGACACUAGGGUACCUUGCCCCAGAGCAAAAUAGAACAGGAAAGGCCACAACAAGCACUGAUGUUUAUGCUUUUGGGGCAUUUUUGCUUGAGGUUGCCUGCGGGAGAAGGCCAAUAGAUCCCAAAGCUGCCCCUAAUGAUCUAAUAUUGGUAGAUCAAGUGUUUUCCUACUGGAACGAAGGUGACAUUUUCCAGGCAGUCGAUCCAAAUUUAUGUAAUGAUUACGUAAAAGAGGAGAUGGAAACAGUGUUGAAGCUUGGUUUGCUAUGUUCUCAUUCAGAGCCAAAAUUUAGGCCUAGCAUGCGUCAAGUUAUGUUGUAUCUGGAAGGCGCAUUGGCUCCGCCAGAAUUGUCUGCAAGUGGCCUAAAAUUGACACAACAUGAUGGAGGGUGUGAUGGUGUCCCCUUGUGGUCGUAUCCUUCUUCUACUACUUCUCAAACGCUUAGCCAGAACUCAGAGGUCAUGGUUUGCAAACAGUAG